AAGACGAAUCUCGGUGGAUCUCUGAUAACUUCGGCGGAGGCUUGUCGAGAUCCGGCGAGGGUUAGUGACCAUUCAGAAAUCGGACAGAAUUGAUAGAGAAGAUCGUGCACAGGACAAACCCUAGAAUCAGAAACAUGUCCCAGCAGAAUCACAACACAGACACGACACACACUAAGAUAUUCGUGGGAGGGUUGGCUUGGGCGACAAGGACCGAAGGUUUGCGUCGUUUUUUCGAGCAAUUCGGGGAAAUCACCGAGACCCUCGUGGUCUGUGAGAGACACACCGGACGAUCCAAAGGCUACGGUUUUGUCACGUUUGCAGAAGCUAAUUCCGCGGCGAGAGCGUGUCAAAAUCCGUACCCGAUUAUCGACGGGAGGCAGGCAAAUUGCAAUCUUGCUUACCUCGGGGCUAGGAGGAACAGCCAAUUGAAUCAAACAGGCACGGGAUCUAAUGCACCGAUUUAUAUUCUUUAUCACCACCACGAGGCAUACGCUCCAUAUACUCAAUGGUAUUAUCCGUACAUGGCAUCGCCACAAUACGACCAGAACUAUUACUACUACCUGCCGCAAGAUUGGCCGUACAUGAGGAAUCACAUGUACGGACAGAGCCAAAUCGGGCAAUGAAGGAGAGGAACCAUUUGCAUCUGCUUGAAAGACAACGAAACCCAUAGUUCGGUCUUUGGUUCUGUUUUAAUGGAGCUUCUUUUACCUCUUUUCUUCGGAAAUUAUAUAAUUAGUUGUAAUAACAGUAGUGAUUAUUGUUAGGGUAAAACCAUAAAAAUUCAUCAAUUAAC